AUGGGAUGUGGUAUUCUCACAACAUACGCUGAAAUCGGUAACAUCUCUGGAUUGCAUGGGUUAUUGGUUUACACUAUUUGUGGAGCCAUUCCAAUUCUAGGAUUUGCAUACUUCGGACCUAUUAUCAGAAAAAAGUGUCCUGACGGGUUCGUUUUGACAGAAUGGGUAAGGCAUAGAUUUGGUAUUAUUACGGCAUUAUACUUAUCUUUUUUCACAUGUUUAACCAUGUUUUUGUUUAUGGUUGGAGAACUUUCUGCUAUCAGAACUGCAAUCGAAACUUUAACUGGAUUAGAUGCUUUGGCCGCUGUGAUUGUUCAAUGUGUAGUUACAUCAAUUUAUACAUCCAUUGGUGGGUUUAAAGUAAGUUUUGUUACUGACAACUUCCAGGGGGUCUUUGUUUUACUAUUAGUUAUCAUUUGUGCAGCUGGAAUGGGUUCAUAUAUUGAUAUUGAUAAGUCGAAAGUUGGAGAAUCAGGUUUGUUGAAGGCUAAUAAAUUAGGUUGGCAAUUGCUUUAUAUUUUAUUCGUGGCUAUAUUAACCAACGAUUGUUUCAUGGCAGGAUUCUGGUUAAGAACUUUUGCAAGUCGUACUAACAAGGACUUAUGGAUUGGAUGUUCGAUCGCCUCAUUUGUUACGUUUGUCAUUUGUACAUUGGUUGGUACUACAGGCUUCUUAGCAGUUUGGGCAGGCGAUUUAGUCGUUGGAGAUGAAGAAGGAUACAAUGCAUUUUUCAUUUUGUUAUCCAAAAUGCCAGGUUGGUUGGUUGCAUUUAUUUUAAUCUUUGUUAUAUCAUUAUCAACUUGUACCUUUGAUUCUUUACAAUCAGCAAUGGUCUCAUCAAUAUCUAAUGAUAUUUUCCGUAAUAAAUUGCACAUUAAUUAUACUAGAGUCUUAGUGGUUUUAAUUAUGAUCCCUAUCAUUGUGCUUGCAGUUAAGGUUGCAGAUGAUAUUUUACAAAUAUACUUAAUUGCCGAUUUAGUCUCUGCUGCUAUUAUUCCAGUAGUCUUUUUGGGAUUGAGCGAUACCUAUUUCUGGUUUUUAAGAGGAUUGGAUGUUAUGUGUGGUGGUUUAGGUGGUUUGCUUGGUGUUUUUAUUUUCGGAACUGUUUAUUAUGGGUCUGCAAAAGAAGGUGGAAAAUUGUUGUUGGUGUGGAACGGUAUUUAUGAUGACGCUGAUUGGGGGCCAUUUGGUGCCUUUGUUAUUGCUCCUUUUGGAGGCCUUGUAAUAUGCUUUUGUGUUGCUGCUUUAAGAAUAGGUGUUACAUAUAUUUAUUCUAGAAUUUCUGGUAGUCCGUUUGUUGCUUUAGACAAACCUGAGCCUAGGGAGAUUAUUGAUUCUACAGAAUUCCACAACGGCAGAUACGAGUCAACAGAGGAUAAUAUAAAGAAAAGCAUGGACGAAUCACAAUAA